CGCAGUCACUCGGUGCUCGGCUUUUCGCGGUCCGUCCUCGUCGCCCGGCGGCUACUUUUUGUAAACCGUACGUAAUUAAAAUAUUAUACUUCAUUAUUUUACAUUAGUUUCAUAUUAUUUAUACGAUAUAUCAUAAUGUUUAACGAAAGUUGAUUUCUCGCAUGUUUGGGUGAUUUCAAUGUUUUUUCAGAUUUUUUUUUUUUAUAAUAUUAAAACUGUCGUUUUCUACACGACGACUGCCAAUCCUUACUCCUAUGCGUGAUAAAUAUUACCGGCGAAAACUUUUUCAAUACUAAUCGCGCGCGACUAUAAUUGAAGUUGAACAUUAAUAACACGAUUUUUUUACUUUCCAAACCUUAUGCUAUUCAGGUACGAGAAGUAGUAAAUUAUUGCAUAAAAGUAGUUGUCGGACGAAGGCGUAAAAGAUAAGAAUUAUGAAUACCAAUAACAGCCAGGGUAACAACAACAGUAGCGGCGGCGGAAAUAAUAAUAGUUUUCGGAAGAACAAACGAGUUACAGCAAGUAAUCCGUCGAAUCCGAAAACUAAAAAACAAUUGGAAAACGAGUUGAACCGCCAGAGGAGCUUUUUCGUCACCUGUAGCCCACAAAAUUUGUCCGCUACACGUCACAGUAACACGCAAGAAGUACCUGCAGGAGGCUAUCUGAAUAGGAGUAAUAGCAGUGUUGUAGGACAAAAGAAACAUCCCACGCUUGCAAUCUAUCGUCCGCCGAGUGUUCGAGGUGACAUAAAUAAUAACAGUGAUAAUGUAUAUGUAGCCAACGGACCGCAGAAAUCAAAAACUGUUCAAGAUGCAUCAGUCAUAUCUGAAGACUGCAGUAAGCUGAACGUGCACGCCAAAGAGUUUUCCUUAGAACGUUCUAAUACAGCUCCUCAAUCUAUUUCGAAUGGUGCGAAACAAGAAGGAACUCGAAAUAAUUCUAGUGUAUUAUCAAGAUCGAGGACAUUUUAUACAAAUGAUAUUAAACCAAAUAGUCAAAAGAAAAGUUACGAUUAUAAGAAUAAUUUUGUAUAUAAGAAUAAUUUUCAACAAAUGAAAUAUUGUGUACAACAAAAAGACACUCAGGGCCCAAAAGUGCAAUUUAAAGAGUCUAAACAAAAGUCAAAAUCUAUUGUGAACGAUCAAUUAAAUAAAUGUGUGACAGAUCCAAAAAAUGACUUCAGUCUCAGAAGAUCAAAAACUUAUAACGGUCCAGAUAGUAAAUACUAUCAAAAUACUUCAGAAGAAACACGUACUUCGGGGAAAUGUCAAUCUAACGAAUUUUAUAUCAAAGACUUAAAUUGUUUUCCUGAAGACAUAAACGAUAUGGCUAAACGUAUAGUUAAAGAUACGAAAAACUCACCAACAAAAGAUUUAAUGCUUUUGGCAUUGAAAAUAAUUGAACACGUGGUUAAUAAUCAAGAUACCAUGAAGCCUUCAGUUAAUUUAUCUCUUUACAUAAUUGAGAGAGAUACAAGAGAUACUUACGUGAAUAUGAUCAUCAAUACCAUUCAAUUGUGGUUCGUAAAACGAGAGAAACUCUUACAACCGCCCAGAUUUUUUUCAUAUGCGACAUUUGUACUCCAAAUGUACAAAGGAAUGAAACAGAAUAAAGUGCUGUCAAACAGGAUGGAGAAAGAAGCAUAUUCUCGUAAACAAACUCUGCUAAUGCUAUUGUUUAAAAUUUGCGAACACUGCUUAAUGCCCAGCAAAGAGAAUACGAUUGAAGAAAUCGAAUGCCUGUUUAACAUCGUGGACAGUAUUGGACGAGACCUGGAACAAGAGGUUCCGGAUACAUUGAAACAAUUGUACGUAUCCAUUCGGGAUGUGAUGCUGACACGUGACUGUUCGUCGUCCGUGAAAAAAACCCUUCUGCAUCUGAUCGAGUUGAGAGCAUCGCAAUGGUCCCUUCCGUCUUCCGCGGUACAUUAUUACAACUCAAAAACCGACAUUUAGCGUCUUAUUUGUAUUUAUUUUCCCUACCUAGACCGUACGGUUGAUAUUAUUAUUGUAAUUUAUAAUAAAUAAA